UUGACAAGCAUGAGGCGCAUACUCAGUGCGACUUUAUUGAGGCAUUUCAGCCUAUUUGGAAGAAAUCUUCCCUCUCGGGUCUCGCUGACAGUGGGGAGUCAAAGCGUUUUUUCUCUGGAUUUCUGCAGGAAAUCGACGACUGACAGCAACAACAUGGACCUGAGCAACAUGAGGAAGAAGUACAAAGGAGAUGAAGAGUGCUUCGAGGAGAGUCAGCUUGUGUCCUUGGACCCAAUCAAGCAGUUUGGAAACUGGUUCGAUGAAGCCACGAAAUGUCCUGAGGUCGGAGAGGCCAACGCUAUGUGCAUCGCCACGGCCACCAAGGAUGGACAGCCGUCUGCCCGUAUGGUUCUCCUGAAGGGUUACAGCAACGAGGGUUUCCGUUUCUUCACAAACUAUGAGAGCAGAAAAGGCUCCGAGCUGGAGAGUAACCCGUUCGCGUGCCUGGUUUUCUACUGGGAGCCCCUAAACCGACAGAUUCGCAUCGAGGGCUCGGUGGAGCGAAUCCCCUUCCAGAGCUCCUGCGAUUACUUCCACUCGCGGCCGAAGAGCAGCCAGAUCGGGGCGGUGGUGAGCCGGCAGAGCACCCCCGUUCCCAACCGAGACUAUCUGAGGCAGAAAAAUGCAGAGCUGGAGGAGAAGUACAAGGACUCCGAGGUGCCCAUGCCCGACUACUGGGGCGGUUACCUGGUGAAGCCUUCCCUGAUCGAGUUCUGGCAGGGGCAGACCAACAGGCUGCACGACCGCCUGGUCUUCACCCGGAUGAAAGACGGGGAGAAGCUGGGAGACUUCCAGCACGAGGCGGAGGAAGGGUGGGUGUACCAGCGCCUGUCGCCAUGACAACACCCCUCAGAACGGAAAAAAAAAAUCACCAUCUUUACCUCAUUUGAAACAACCAACAUCUGAAUUUACAGCUGGAAACUAUUUGAUGUCUUUUGAAGGAGCCAAACGCACCGUGCAGCUUUUUUUUUUUUUCUUUUUUUUUCUCCACUUGUGAUGUAAUGCUGUCAG